AUCAGUUCAGUGGGGUAAAGGUGAAGACCGCUGAUGCGGACAACAACAAACUGCACCUCGUCACUGUAUUGCGGGAUAAGAGACAAUUCUGCAGAGCGUGGAUGCAGAGGGCUUGAGUCAGCACAGACCGAAGGAGGGAGAAGAAAUGGCAAAUAAUUUGUCACAGUCGAUGCCUGAGCGGACUUUCCAGUACCAAAACAGCCUGCCGUCCCUGCCUGUCCCCUCGCUAGAGAGCAGCAUUACAAAGUACCUGGAUGCAGUUCGUCCAUUUGCAUCUGAGACAGAGUACAAGGCUACAUUAGACAUUGUGAAGAAAUUUCAAACGGGUGUUGGUAAAGAGCUGCAUCAGAAACUGCUGCAAAGAGCCAAGGCAAAGAAGAACUGGCUGGAAGAGUGGUGGUUAGAUGCUGCAUAUUUGGAAGUCCGCAUCCCUUCUCAGCUGAAUGUGAACUUUGGUGGCCCAGCACCCUACCUGGAGCACUGCUGGCCUGCCGCUGAGGGGACUCAUCUGCAGAGGGCGAGUAUAGCAACAUGGCAUACACUCCAGUACUGGAACCUCAUACGCACGGAGAGGCUGCCUCCACAGAAAGCUGGAAAAACACCAUUAGAUAUGGACCAAUUCAGAAUGCUGUUCUGCACUUGCAAAGUACCUGGAGUGAAGAAGGACACCAUUCUUAACUACUUUAAAACAGAGAGGGAAGGUCCAUGCCCAUCUCAUUUGGUGGUGAUGUGUCGUGGACGGAUCUUUACAUUUGAUGCACUCUGUGAUGGAAAAAUCCUCACUCCUCCAGAAAUACUCAGGCAGCUGAGCUAUGUAGAGAAAGUCUGCGAGGUAGAGGCUGAGGGAGAUGGAGUCAGCGCUCUCACAACAGAGGAGAGGACACGUUGGGCCAUGGCCAGGGAGCAUCUUAUAAACAUUGAUCCACACAAUGAGACCAUCCUGGAGACCAUUCAGAGCUGCCUGUUCAUCAUCUCUCUGGAUGAAGUGAAACCAUACUCCUCUGCAGAAAACUACACAAAUAUGGCUCUGGAGGCCCUUAAAGGAAACCCCACCAUCCGCUGGGGUGACAAAUCAUACAACUCUCUUGUGUUCUCAGACGGCACUUUUGGAUCCAAUUGUGAUCAUGCACCUUAUGAUGCCAUGGUUCUUGUGUCUUUGUGUUGGUAUGUGGACCAACAACUCAAAGCUACUGAAGGCAAAUGGAAGGGCACAGACGUAGUCAGACCCAUUCCCCCUCCAGAGGAGCUGGUGUUUAUUGUGGAUGAAAAAAUCCAAAGUGACGUUCGUCAGGCCAAACAGCAAUACCUAGAGUCUACACAGGACCUGCAAGUUGUGUGUUAUGCCUUCACAGCAUUUGGAAAAGCAGCCAUCAAAGAGAGGAAGCUGCAUCCAGACAUCUUUGUUCAGCUAGCAAUGCAGUUAGCAUACUUCAAACUGCAUAAAGGGCCUGGAAGUUGUUAUGAGACUGCAAUGACUCGUAAGUUCUACCAUGGCAGGACAGAGACCAUGCGACCCUGCACCCAGGAUGCUGUUAAUUGGUGUAAAGCGAUGAUGGACCCCAUGUGUGAUGUCAAUGCCAAGAGGAAAGCCAUGAUGCUCGCCUUCCUUAAACAUGACAAACUGAUGGCUGAAGCCCAGGAAGGAAAAGGUUUUGACCGGCAUCUUCUUGGGCUCUAUCUCAUUGCCAAAGAGGAGGGACGUCCCACUCCUGAUCUUUUCAUGGACCCCCUUUAUGCAAGAAGUGGUGGCGGAGGUAACUUCGUGCUGUCAUCCAGUUUGGUGGGCUACACCACAGUUUUGGGGGUUGUGGCUCCCAUGGUGCACCAUGGCUACGGCUUUUUCUACCGCAUCAGAGAUGACAGGAUUGUCAUCUCUAUCUCAGCGUGGAAAUCUUACCGUCAGACAGAUGCCGCAACUCUGUUCAACAACUUCAGCAGCUCAAUGCAUGAGAUGCUCCACCUGGCCACCACAUCUCAGCUAUAGGAAGUUACACUGAUAUUACCCAUUACAC